GAGGAACCAGACUCAAAGUGGAACCUCAUCCUCAUAUGGGCGACACUGGAGGUAUCGCAGAGUCUAACUGGAGCUGGUAGAUCUCUAGAUGUCUCAGGAUUCUCACAUGGUUGGCUUCAUCUCAGUGGAGGUCGAAAUCUUCAUCGCAUGGAAGAUAAUCGGAGCUGACUACUACACUGAAGUGACACGGUGAAGACGAUGGCAGCUCAAAUAGACAGAGUCAUGGCAAUAAGUGAAUGGGAGGAUAGAUGGCAGGAAGGAAGGAUUGGUUUCCACCAACCUCACAUUCACCAAAUGCUGAAGGAUAAUCUAGAUAAAGUCUUGUGUGCAAGGCAGCAGGUUCGGUUUUUCUUCCCUCUGUGUGGUAAGGCUGUAGACAUGAAAUGGCUGGCUGACAUGGGUCACGUGAUUGUCGGGGUUGAGAUUUCAGAGAAAGCGAUAAAGCAGUUUUUUGAAGAACACAGCCUGGAGUACAAAGAAGAGCCAGUGGCGGCUAUACCUGAAGCGAAGGUGUUCAGGAGUUCUGAUGGAAGGAUCUCACUCUAUCAGUGUGAUUUAUACAAGUUCUCCAGUGCCAUAGAGGGACAGUUUGGAGGGAUUUGGGACCGGGGUUCUCUGGUGGCCAUAAACCCAUGUGACAGACAAAAGUAUGCUACACUCAUCAGGUCCUUGAUGGACAAAGACUGCAGGUAUUUAUUGGACACACUGGAGUACAACCCUGAACUGUACAAAGGGCCACCAUUUUUUGUGCCUGAAGAAACUGUGAAAGGUUUAUACGGUGAUUCUUGUGACAUCAAGCUGUUGCAGAGUAGAGACGCCUUUGAAGAAAGACAUAAAGCAUGGGGAAUAGACUCACUUCUAGAGAAGGUGUUCCUGCUGAUUCCAAAAGCCAUCUUGAACUAACACACUUUUAGGAAGAGAUGAAAAAUCUCUUGCAUAUUUUGUACUUUUAGUAGCAGGAUUUAAAGGGGAUUUCAAAAGUUCCCAGAGCACACACUCGAUGUGUUUGCAGGUUUUUAGUCUUUGUCUGGUGAGUCGGUCUACAGAGUGUCAUCAUACCUUGUGGAAGUGUGUGGUAGCUUAAUUGUGUCAUUUUUUUCAAAGGUCGAACAUGUGACAGACAGACACCCCACCCCACAUGCACCCACCCAGACACCUCACCCCCGCAGAUCAGAGCAAAGAAUGUGUGUGAAAUAUUGUUUUUGCUCGAUAAAACUGUUAUGCUACAGCAAGCUUUUCAUCACAUCCUGGUGUGUUCAAAAAGAAGAAGAAGAAAAAAAAAUACACUGCGACAAUACACCUGCACACACACACACGCACACACACACACACACACACACACACACACACACACACAUACACACACAUAUAUAUAUGCAAAUGUAUCCCCUUCAGUUUCAUUUUUAAUUUUGGGAACAAAAUACACAGUGUAUCAGUGCUUUGUUGUGUUGCAAGAUCCAUUUCCGGGUGCAACAUGACAUUCUGGAUGCUUUCCCCUUUAGACAAGUGUGUUAAUGUCAAAAAAACAUGAUCAUCAUUGUCUUAAUGUGUGAUUUGACCUCAAGUGCUUUUGUUGCCUUAGAGACGUGCCAGGACGCGGUGGUCCUGAAAAGGUUGCUCUAGAAUAGUCACAGUUGGGCAUAAAAAAAUAAUAAUUCACACAAAUUCUUUGUUCUUCUGCCAUGCAAACUGAACAACAAAGAAAAGACCAAUGUCACACACACACACACACACACACACACACACACACACACACAACUUUCCUCAAAAUCCUCAUAAUUGCCCUUAGAAUCAGGCAGUAGAAAUGAUUCAAUCUCAAUACAGCUUUCUAUUGAUUUGAAGACUAGUUAGAUGUGAACAUGUUAAUCAUCACAUUUAACAACUAGCCUUAAAAUGGAUAAAACCUUUCAUGUUCAAAUCAUUAAUGCAUAUUUUCAAAAAGAUGACACUGCCUCAUGAUCACAGUGCUGUAGUUGAAAAAUGAAUCUCAUUAGCAGAAUGAACUUCAUUAGAGAGCAACAGACACCUGAAAUGAUUACAGCCAAACCACUUUUCCUUAAUUAAUCCAUUAGACCUAACUCAUUAAUGAAGUUUGUUCCACAAACACCUGGUCCUGAUGAAGAACACACAAGAUAUAUUAUUCUUUCAAUAUGGGUUUUUCAAUUUUUAAGAGAAAAUCACAGGAACAUUUUAACCCACAUCACAUGCUCUGAUACAAUAGUGAUGUAUAUAUUCCCAUGAAUUGUUUGAUUAUCAGCUAGAUAGUGUGUGUACUGCUACACUUCAGAGAGGAUUGUAAUAAAAUUAAAAAAAAAUAAAAAAAGACAAGACAAAAGAUGGAAAAAUAAAUCAAAUCUUUAUUGUCUGCUUGUUUUUUUUUUUGUUUUUUGUUUUUUUUUUUUUGGUUUUUUUUAUCUUUAUAGUUUAAUUCCUAAAUAAAUCUCAACAUGAAGAGACACUAACCAUUAGAUGGGCUAUCAGGAGAUUAUACAUGUGGUUAUAUAGGUUAUAUAUGUGGUUGUUUACAUUUAUGCAUUUGAUCUACAUAUGUGAAAAUUUAUUUUAAAUAAAUCUGAUUUACUACA